UCACUUACUGUCAAACGAAAUGGAUGUUUGAUUUCUUCGUAUUUUGUUGUGGUUAUCGAACUUUUUAUGAAUUAAGACCGUAUUGAAGGAAAAUUAAGAAAUGGCUGGAAUGUCAGCUGCUAAUGCAGCUCCUAUUACAGCUACCGACAGCUUAUCACAAGCUCUAAAGGCUAAUAUAAUUCCCAAUCAAGAAUAUUUACUACAGGGAUCUGUGCUAGAUUCGGCUGUAGAAGUUUUACUUCAUCGUCUUCGAGGGUUGUGUGAUAAUGUCGACGCUGGUCCGGAAACAUUUGAUGAUCAAGAAGUCUGUUUUAGCCUGCGGGACCCUAACCAACAGGCUGCUCCACUAAUGUUGCGAGUAAGAAAGGCGCUGGACUACAGGGACAUGCCAUUCCAACUUCGCUACAUUGGACAGCCGGAUCUGGGAGACAAGAACAGGCCUACAGUGGUGCGAUCAAGCCUUGAUAUAGCUUGCAGUGGAAUGCUCAUAGAUUUCCUCAAUGAACUAGGAUGCAGAAUUGAAUUUGAAUAUAGUGUUAAAGGUUACAUGUUCAGAAAAGGUCGCAUGAAGAUAACAGUUGCGAAGGUUUUCAAGAUAUCCCAAGGGUCAAUGCCCCCAGAGCCUAUAUCUCAGAGUUAUCUGGUUGAAUUAUCAGUCCUAGCACCUCAAGGACAAGACGCAAUAGCAGAGGACAUGCGCGCAUUCGCAGACCAGCUGCGACCUCUCGUCCAACUCGACAAGAUCGACUACAAGAGGCUCGGCCACAUAGGCGUCACAUAGCCCAUGUUCCUCACAUAGGCUGGCCUCACACCGACCGACGUGGACUACGCUGCCUCAUCGUGGACCCAAUAGGUUGGUGUGAAGACAGCCUUUGUAGUGCAAAAGCACAUUUAAAUACUGGAUGAACUAGACUUUUUAUUUAUUAAGCAUUAUUAUAUCAAUACCAUUAUAGACAGUUGUAAAGUGCUGGGUUUUUUUGGUUAAACUCGACACAGUGUGCAGGUGAACUUAGAUAUUUGUUGUUUUUACAGUGGUGUCUCAAAAGUGAAUUGCUAAUUAGUGGUUAAAAUAAUCAGGAAAACUCAAUAUUGUAACCAGAAACUUACUAAAUCUAAUAAAUGUCACAUAUAUUGAAGCUCUGUGUUAAACUUUAUCAAAAUUAUUUACAUUAGUAGAUAUGGUCCUAAAAUCUUAUGUUGUUUUGUUGAUCGAAUACAUUAUUUCUUUAAUAUUUUCGUUGAGUACUAUUGUCUCACUCUCUCAUAAGUUAACUGCAUGUUAAUGUCUGUAACUCCAAACAAUCUAUGCAAUUAGGUACUUAUCUACGUAUUCGAUAACAAUUAGUGCCCAAUGGCCUGCAUUGGUUACUAAUUGGACCACUUAUAUACCGGGUGAUGAUUAUAUUUACAUAUUUUAUCUGUUUCCUCAACAAUGGUAAUAUGUAGUAAUCAUAACGACUUACUAACAAGGUUAUUAAAUACAAUAGUUUAACAUAAUUAAUAAUUUUAAAUAGAAAUAAUAUAGUUGUGUACAUGUUUUUCAUAUAUCCAUACAGAAAUAUGAAAAUAGAAAGUGAUUCAGUUUCAUCUGUACUUUAGUACUAGGUUUAAUUCUCUAUAACAUUUAUUACGUAAAUCAUUUAAUUAAAUAAAAAUACAUUAUCAUAUAAAA